AUGCCUAUAUCUGAAAUCUUUUUCCAUGCAAGAGGCUUGAAGUGGCCCUGCAGAUUGGGCUGGACUGCUUGGCUCGUGGUGGUCCUCAGUGCUGCCGAGCGCAUCUACCAGCACAUCGAGGACGAGGAGCAGCUGUUCCAGCCAUUCCCGACGUCCUGCUCUGGAACCUUGGAGUUGCGAGGCAAUUACACCUUAAACGAGGCCACCACCAUCCUGGCCCCUUGCCACCUGCUGGGCCGGGCCACGGUGGUCCUUCAGGCGCCGCUGACCUUUGCAGCCGAGACUGUCCUGGAGGGCAACAUCGCCUGGAUCGGGGCACGACUUGGCCAGCCAUGUGUGAUUGCCAGGCGUGGGUUAACGGUCGGCACGGGUGCUUUGGAGGAGCGGAUUGCCUUCAGCGGCUGCCAUAGUGAGGAGAUGGCUGGGGCGCUGCUUGUGGAAGAGGACCUGGUGGAGUCUUCCCGGGCCACGCUGCAUGUGGAAAACUGCAGCAGCCAGGCCGAUGGCGGCGGUGUGGUUGUGGGAGGUAACUUGGAGGUCCGAGGCUCGGUCGCCGUGAGGAACUGCCGCGCAGGAGCCUCAGGCGGUGGAGUUCAUGUCGCCGGCGCCCUCUCACAGCUAGGGCCGCUAGGGGCCCUGGACUUCGACAACUGCACCGCCGGCAGGGCAGGCGGUGCGCUGUAUGUUGGAACCUGGACCCAGCUCGACGGCUCCGCGCGCUUCAGCAACUGCCAGGCCUCUGCAGGCGGCGCCGUCUUCAGCAGUCGUGAUGUCCAGCUUGGAGGGAUCAACCGAUUCGACAAGUGUGAAGCAGUUCUCCAGGGAGGAGAGGGCGGCUGCAUGAACAUCAAGGCAGGAAACCUCACCCAACGUGGAGGCAUAGCGGAGUUCCAAAAGUGCGGCACAGCGGCCUCCGGUGGUGGAGCUGCGGUUGCAGGUUAUGUUGUCCAACAACGAGGGGUCAUCAAGUUCACCGAUUGCGUAGCUCGUGCUGGCAGUGGUGGCGGUUUGUUCUUGACGGGCCAACUUUAUCAGAUGAGCAUGGGCGCCAUGGAGUUCAGCGGAUGCAGCAGUGCACACAAAAUGGUAUAUGGUGGAGGGGGGCUGUAUGUUAUCGGGGAUGUUCAACUUCAAGGACGUGUGUCCUUGAUCCGUUGCACUACAAAGGGCGGUCCUUCCAGCUUUGGUGGUGGAGCAAUGAUUGAAGGCUUUCUCACUCAACUCAGUGGGAACCUGACAUUUGCAGGAUGUGAAGCCAUGAUGGGAGGCGGAUUGUACACAUCUGGAUUUGUGCAGGAGGGUGGCCAGCUGCACUUCGCAAAUUGCGGGCCCGGGCGAGGAUGGGGAGAAGGCGACCAAGGAGGAGGAGCAAUGAUGUGCGAAGGUUCAGUCACCUUCAAUGGCACCAACUCUUUUACCAACUGCAACACCAAAGGGUCUGGAGGAUGUCUGGUGGCUGAUGAUGGCCUGACCCAGCACGGUGGCGUCACUUCGUUCAGACAUUGCGAAGCUGGGGAGGAAGGAGGUGCCAUGCAGGUGAAUGGCAAUUUGCAUCAGAUGGAGGGUGCGUUAGAGUUCUCCGAGUGUCGUUCCACAGGUCGUGGAGGUUGCCUGGUGACGGACAGGUUCCACCAGUCGGCCGGCUCUUUGCGCUUGACCCACUGUCAGUCUCAUGAGAGUGGAGGAGCGAUGCUCAGCUACGGCUCUAUGGAUCUCAACGGUACGAACUCCUUCGCCAACUCGUCAGCCAAAGGGUCAGGAGGAUGUUUGCUGGUCAGGGGUGGUAACCUCACGCAACAUGACGGACUUACCGAGUUUAACAGCUGUAAGGCCCUUGUGGGGAGAGGCGGUGGUAUGCAGGUCGCUGGUGGCCUGAUGCUCAAGUCUGGUAACAUGAGCUUUAGCAACUGCAGGUCUUCCUCCGACGGUGGAGGUGCAUUUGUAGAAAGCGUGGAGGUCUACGCGCAACUCACCUUCCGGACAUGCGUCGCCACUGGUUCGGGCUCGGGCGGAUGUUUGUUCGUGGGUGAGGGAGUCCUACUCCAGCACAGUGACAUGUUCUUCCAGGACUGCGUCGCCGAAAGUUAUGAGGGUGGAGGGGGCAUUCUAGUGAGAAACGGCGACCUCAAGCAGAUUGGUGGGUCGAUCCGCUUUGUUGAUUGCUCAGCGGUUUAUGGGUCAGGAGGCGGACUCCGACUACAGAAUGGCUCCCUUCAUCAGAGUGUCGAUGGAAGCCUUGGGUUCAUGGGCUGCAAUGCCGACGUUGGCGGCGGUCUGUCAGUGAAGGGUCAUGCCGUUCUCCAUGGCUCCACAAGCGUGAGCAUGUGCUCUGCGUACAGCCUCCACAAAGGGGGCGGCGGGUUUUACAUUGAGAGAGGCUUGCAAAUGCACGGCAGCAUUGAUUUGUCGGCGUGUCGAACCUUGGGCUCUGGUGGCUGCGUGCAUGUAGCGAGAGGCAGCAUCAGGAUGCAUGGCAACAUGUCGUUGAGAAACUGCAGUGCCCACCAAAGCGGAGGGGGAGCUUACGUGUUCGGACCACUGACGCAGUAUGGGACUAGCAGGCUAGAGUUUCUGGAUUGCUCAGUCUUUCGGCAUCAUGGAGGAGGCAUGACAGCCCGGAGGCUGAGGAGUAAUGGCUAUAUACAUUUUGAAAGAUGUACAGCUGGUAUGGUCAAGGGAAACGGAGGGGGUCUUGCGAUUCUGGGGGAAGUGCAACAGAGCGGGUCCAUGAGUUUCCUCCAGUGCGCAGCUGGUGGGAAGGGCGGUGGCCUCUAUUUCCGUUCCAGCCACCGUAGCUUUUUGCAACAAGUCAGCUUUGACAAGUGCAGCGCAGGGAGUUUGGCGGGGUCGCUCUAUGCAAACGGCUCCAUGACAAUUGCUGACUUGAAGCUCCUUGGGUGUGGUGGGAACAGCGCUUGCAUCGAUGUGGAUGGCCAGCUUGAAGUACCACAUGUCUCGAUGCAGAGCCAGGAAAGUACCAGCAUCAGAGCCAUGGACUUGAAAUUAAUGAACGUCAGCUGCCUCAACAUGACGGCCUGCCAUUUGUUGGCACCAAAGUCCAAUCGCAGCAUUGCCGAGCUGCUUUGCCCGGUCGGCACUGGUGUCAAUGACACGGAAAGUGAGAAGGCCUGCAGUGCCUGUCACGACAAGUUCACCCAGAUCCAUCCCAGCACAACACAGGCUUGCUGGUCUUGCCCAGAGGAGAACGAUUUCUGCUAUGCCACACAGUUCAAGAUGAAGCCUGGCUAUGCGGUCGAACGUGAGAAUGUAAGCUUCACAGUGUUUUGCCCGAACCCAGCUGCAUGUCCAGGCGGAAUUUCGAAAGCUUUCAGCACAAUGUGUGCGACCGGCUACACAGGAAAAGCAUGCACCAGCUGCGAAUCUGGCUUUGGUGUUUCUGACAACAGCGUGCUGAUGUGCACUCAGUGUGCCACUCUGUGGUGGAACAAGUGUGCCCAGUGGUGCUAUGUGCUCUUAAAGCGUGUGGGGCUGUUCGGCAUGGCCGCAGCCAGUGCACUAACGGGCGACGCAGAACGGAAGCCCAGCAGCGUCCUCAUCAACCAGUUGAUGUCCUUUGCCACUGUGGCAGGCAUGCUGCUGGUGGUCAUGGCUCAAACAGAAGCUUUGAGGCAGAUCCGCGCGAGUGCUGGCCACAUCUUUCUUGCCGUCUUUAGGGCAGUGGAGUUCUUUGCCGAUGCAUCGUCGGGCCAAGGUGUGACCGAGAGCUCCGUGCUCAGCACGUCUUCUGGUUGCUUGCUGCAGUACUUGGGCUUCACUGGCUUUCUUUGGCAGGCCCACCUCCUCCACGGGCUGCUGCCUGUCCUGCUGGUUGCCGGGCUUGCGGCGUGUCUUCCCUCCAAGAAGCGGGGUGUAGCGCUGCUAGUUGGCAUGAACUGCUUCUGGCCUGAAUUCUUCAGCUUCUUCGGGAAGCACCUGUACUGCUUCCAGUACGCGCGGGCGGAUGUCAAGAGCGACGCCUAUGAGUGCCCAUUCUUGCCAAACUAUUCAGGUCGCAUAAUGUUAAGAAUCUUCGUGGUGGUGCUGGCUCUGGCUGCAGCUGACUCAUGGCUCUGGCUGUCCAUGUCUGGAGACAAGAAGCCACCUCUCCAUGUGCUUUAUGUGACCAACCCGUACAGACAAAGCAUGAGCCUCUGGGAGUCGGAACGGCUCUUGCGGAAGACCAUGCUCACCAUGGCUGUGUCAGUGCUGCCUAUCACCUCAUCCCCAGCCCUUCAGCUUGUGUGCAUCAGCUCCAUUGUCAUGGUAUCCUUGGUUCUCUAUGCCGCGCUGCUUCCAUACAAAGCCCUACGGUGGAAUCUGACAGAGUGUGCACUUCUCAUCACAGCAGCGUUCAUGUCAGUGAUGGUUAGCGGCCUUACAGCUUAUGAUACCUACUGGGGCCGGCGAAUUGACUUGGAAUACUUCAUGAUUCUGGCGACGAUGGGCUUGGCCGGCAACAUUUUCUUGGUGAUGACAUACUUAAUCUACAAGGAACUCAUGCUUGAGUGGGGCUACACAAAACGGAGUGAUGAAGCCGAGCGGCCCGCGGAUGGAACGAACGAUUCCUUGCUAUGGGCGAAGUUCAUUUGA